AUGAGGCUGCUGCCCGCCCUGGCCCUGCUGCUGGCCCUGGCCGCGGGGUUCCAGCCACAGGAACAGCUCCCCAAGGAGUCGCACAGCCUCAACUGGGGCAAGUUCUCAGGCUUCUGGUACGUUCUUGCGGUGGCCACCAACGCCCAGGGCUUCCUGCCAGCCAGUGACAAGAGGAAGCUGGGGGCGGCCGUGGUGAAGGUGCGCAGGGCAGGCCAGCUGCAAGUGGUCGUCGCCUUUAGCCGGUCUCGGGGCUGCCAGUCCCAGGAGGUGACCCUGAAGAGAGACAAGAAGAAGGCUGUGUUCAGGAACACCCUGAAGGGUGUGCUGGGCUUCCACGUGCUGUCCACUGACUACAGCUAUGGCCUGGUGUUCCUCCGCCUGGGGCGUGCUGCCCGCACCUACAAGAACCUGCUGCUCUUCCACAGACAGCGUGUCCCCAGCUUCCUGAACCUGAGGGAGUUCAUGGAUGUCAGCGCCGCACUGGAGCUCAGCAGGCAGGCGGCCGUGCUCCCCAAAGACGCCUCCUGCGCUCACACCCUCCUGCCAUGA